AUGAACGAUUCAUAUAAUUUCACUACACACACUGUGCCUGACAAGUCAGCUGCAGCGAUGGCUUUACCUGUAUUUAUGUUUGCAGUUGGUGUCAUUGGAAAUAUAAUAGCAAUAGCCGCUCUAUCUGGAUCUAAGCAAGGGCGCAAAUCGUCCGCGUUCUUCGCCCUAGUUUGCGGUUUGGCUGUCACCGAUCUUCUUGGAACUUGUCUGGCCAGCCCAAUCACUAUAGCCACUUACCUCGAUAAAAAUGUGCUAUAUGACCGUCAUCUUUGUGAAUUCCAUUCCUUUUUGUUGCUGUUCUUCGGAGUGGCUGGACUAAGUAUUAUAUGCGCAAUGUCUGCUGAGCGCUACCUCGCAAUAUGCUUCCCUUACACAUACCAAAGAUGGGGAAUUGGCCAACAUUUUGCGCGCAAGUGCUUGUUUUGCAUUUAUCUCACCAACAUUGUAUUUUGUUGUCUCCCAGUGAUGGGUAUGACUGAAAGCAUGAGCCAGCCCUCCAAAACCUGGUGCUUCAUCAACUGGAUGGCUCAUGAGCCGUUGUCUGCAGCCUAUUCGUUUUUAUAUGCCAGUGUGAGUUUUCUACUCAUAUUGAUGACGAUAGUCCUCAACUUUGCUGUUUGUGGCACUCUAUUGAUAAUGCAUCGCAAGAAAAUCCAAAGUCCAGUUACAAGAGGGAGCACACGGGCGCGUUGGACAGCGCUUUCCUCCGGCGUGGAAGCCCAAAUGAUGACGGUGCUCAUGGUGACCUCCGUGGUGGUUUUAGGUUGCUCAGCCCCGCUGGUGGUAAGAAACGUCUUCAUAUUUUAUAUGUUUGUUUAGUUUGUUUAAGAGGAAAGCAGUAGGUCUAAUGGGCAUAUAUCUUGUUAUUCUGUUGUAGGUGCGCGUAUUUGCUAACCAGAUAUCACGGGAAGAUAAUUCCCAUGCAGAUUUGAAGGCUAUUCGGAUUGCCGCCGUCAACGCCAUCCUUGACCCUUGGAUCUACAUUCUGCUGAGAAGGACUCUGUUCAGUAAGAUUGGGAGAUUCUCUAAACGGGUUUACAUUAGUCGAAAAGGCAAAUAA